CAUAAUUAAAGCAGUGAUUCUUGCAGAAGCCUAGAAUGCAUGUUAUUUCGCACAUAUACAAAUAUCUCUGGCCAUUCUCUUCCUCUGUGAGCGGAGCGAAGCCACUAGCAGUGGCAUUUCUUGGUCUCGUGUAAGUCUUCCCUCAUUUGUUCCCUAGUCCUCUGUCCCUCCAUAUCUGAGAUAAUGAGGCGACAGGAAGAAGAGACAACAAUCAAUAUCAAAGAAGAUGCCGCACCGACCAGCUGUUGGGCGGCAGAUAUCACAAAAGACUACAAAGAAUAUGCUGCUUCAGGGUCUCUUGCUGUUGCUGGUGGUGGCAGAUCUCUUAAGUGCAUCUUCAAAUGGCCGCAUGAUCUUGAGAAACUUUUGGGGGAGGACAUCUACCGUGAACCUCAAAUGGUAGCCAUUGGGCCUUACCACCACGGCCGACCGCACCUGCAACCUAUGGAGCGGCACAAGAAGAACGCGCUCUUCAGGAUUCUCCGGUUGUCUGGCGGACUUCCGGUGUCCAUCUUUGUGGAACCCCUGAAACAAGUGGAGCAGAAGCUCCGUGAUCACUACGACGAGCUGGACCCAAGCUGGUCGUCCGAUUCUUUCAUACAGAUGAUGCUUCUCGACGGUUGUUUCUUGCUCGACUUCCUUCUUGCCUUGGACAAAAAAGUGGACGCACCCUUGGCCGAGUCCAUCCGCCUGCAGCUGCUUAACACCUAUGGCUACGCCGUAUUCAUUCGAGACAUACAGCUGUUAGAGAAUCAAAUUCCUGGCCUCGUCUUGGACGAGUUGAUUAAUGUAGGAGACUGGACAGGAUUCCGUAAGCCAGAGAGUGGAAGUAAACUAUCCUUCAGGGCUCUACAUUUUCUAGACUUGCAGAGGAAAAGCUUGCUGGGGAAUCCCCCUGCUCCUGUCAAGGAACAGCAUCGUUGUGGCCUCCUCAAUCUUUUAGGCCCUCGGAGGAGAACUCAACCAAAGACUUUUCCAUCUUCCAGCCAACAGGCUGAUAAGCAAAGCACUAGUAACAUGGAUUUUGCGGUUGAGCUUCUCCCAAAGAGAGAGAAGUACGUGCGGUCUGCCACGAAGCUACGUGCCGCCGGAGUCAGCUUCCAGAAGUGCCCGAAAGAUGCCGGCCUGUUGAGCGUGAGUUUUGAUCGAUCAUGGCUAAGGGGAGUUCUCCAUCUCCCUGAGCUCGUCCUGGACGAGACGACGGAGGGAGUGUUCAUGAAUAUGGUGGCCUUCGAACGCAUGCACCCGGAGUCCGGGACCCAAGUCACCUCCUUUCUUUCUUUUAUGGAUGCUCUCAUCGAUACCGCCGACGACGUGAGCUUCCUCGGCAAUGAAGGGAUCGUGAAGAACAACCUCGGCAGCGAUGAGGCCGCCUCCAAGAUCUUCAACAAGCUCGGCAUCCAUGGGAUGUGUAACCCCUUUGAUGAGGCCCAGCAGAAGGUGCAGAAAUAUGCAUCCCCUUAUAUGCAAGAAUGGUGGGCGCACUUUAAGCGGACCCACUUCACCAGCCCGUGGACCGUUCUGUCUUUUAUUGGCGCCCUGUUCUUCAUAUUAAUCACAAUUGUCCAGACGGCAUACACCGUCCUCCCCUACUACAAACGUCGUGGAUAAGCUGGCUGACAAGUAUAGAUUUUCGAUCAGGCCAUCCCGCCGACGGCGACUGUGGACAUAAGUUGUUGUUGGGGUCGUUUAAUCUGUAGGGUGAGUGCUCAUGUGCUAGGUUUUUGGUUUGUGCAUGAUCUGAAUCGGAUUCACUAAAAAUAAAAAGUAUGCCGU